GCGUCGCGGAGUGCACAUCGGAGUGCGGUGGUGUCUGGUAGCGCAGCAGAGGCGGAAGCAGCAUGGCGGCGGCCCAGGCGGCGGUUCCCAGCGUCGGGCCCCGCUCUCCCAACAUCGUCUACGGACCCAUCCCUUACAAGUCGCCGCACCGCUAUGUGGAGUCGGAGGUGACCAUCCACUACCGCAGUCCGGUGCGGUCCGAGGCGAAGGAGGCGCUCUCCGAGGAGGAACUGGCCCGCCGGCAGGCGGAGGCUAUGCGCAGGAUCUACCAAGAGGAGCGCCGCCGCAAGUACCUGCAGGAGCUGCAAGACAUGCACAGUCGCCGCCACACCGACAACUUCACCCCCUCUCAGAAGUCACCUAUUCCGCUGAACCGCUAUGACGACUUCUUGGAUGAUGCCAGCUCCAAGUCCAGGCCAAGAGACAAAACUCCUGAGCCCAAGCUGGUCGCUCGUGCGCUGUACAACUUUGUUGGACAGACUUCAAGAGAGCUCAGCUUCAGGCGGGGAGACAUCAUAUUCGUGAGGAGACAGAUUGACAAGAAUUGGUAUGAAGGAGAGCACAACGCCAUGGUGGGGCUCUUCCCUCUCAACUAUGUUGAGAUAAUACCCUAUGAUGGAAUUCGAACAAUGCCAAAGAAACCAACUGAAGGACAAGCAAAGGCAAAAUUCAAUUUUAUUGCACAAACACAUCUUGAAUUGUCUCUUGUAAAAGGAGAACUGGUAGUUCUGACACGAAGAGUGGAUGAAAACUGGUAUGAAGGUCGUAUAGGAAACAGGAAAGGCAUUUUCCCAGUUUCCUAUGUAGAGGUGUUGCAGGAACCAGGAGACAAUAGGACAGGAAUGCUAGCAACGCCAACGAAACCCACGAGCACACCUACGGUGCAGUCAGUGUUGGUGAAUGGCACAGGGGUGAAGAAUUACCACCAGCCAGGCUCCACCUACUACAGCCAGAACAAAGCAACAAGUCCGUACACAUCCAGCAGCCCUUAUGCAACACUGCCAAGACAAGCCCAGCCGCCUAAGCAGCCAGUGGCCCCUGUCAACCAAACACUUCACAUCGAUACGCAUUCAGAGCCUGUUCCCUACAAGGCUCUAUAUAACUACAGACCUCAAAAUGAGGAUGAACUGGAAUUGAGAGAGGGCGAUACUGUCUAUGUUAUGGAAAAAUGUGAUGAUGGCUGGUAUGUUGGUUCUAGCCAAAGAACUGGUUUCUUUGGAACUUUUCCUGGUAACUAUGUGGAAAGAUUGUAAGUUGAUGUGGAAUCUGAGAGUUUAUAUGAAGAACUACUUUUACUGUAGAUAGUGAACAUACUAACUGGCAUUUUACCCACUGUACUGCCAUCAUAGUCUGCCCAUCAGCAAAUACAGAAAUGACUUUUAUGUAAAUAAAUAAGUAACCACUGAUUUGUGCUUGUCAAAUAAAAUGAUUAUCAUUAGAUCAGAAACUUUUUUAAUGUUGAAGUAUGCAUGAAAGUACUCUUUGUUUCAGUAUUUUCAUGAAAAUACUGUAUAUUAUGUGCUGUAAAAUUUUUAUAUACCAAAGAGAUUCAAAUUAACAGCUACUAUUUGUAGCUGGUCACUCAUAGUAACUCAUUACAUCUACAGGGAUAGUUUUAACUGACUGUGUUAUCUAGCUUCUUAGCUUAAGACACUACAGAAUUUGUCAGUGCUUACAUGUUAAUUGAAAUUGUUGAUAUGUGGAAUGUAAUAUGUUAUUUAUAACUUAUGGACAUGCAACAGAGUAAUUGUUAUUUUGCAUAAUCAAGUUAUUAGACAAAAGGAUCUGCACAGUAUCUGCCUGAUGGUGAAAUGACAAUACUUAAACACAACAACUACAAAAAUACUUCCCCUAUCAAGUGUUUCCUUAAACUUCACCAUUAUAAGAACCUCAAACUAUAAGACCCUCUCUGUAAACAUAUAUUAAAAGCAUUCAAAAUAAAAUAUAAGGUAUGUACAGGAAGCAAUGUAUAUUUCUCUGUUACUUUGAGGUAUAAACCAAAUCUCAUUUUAAGUUGUCAUUGCUCCAUUGAAUCUUUCUGGAGAAACAAUAACAAUAGUAUAAGAUAAGUAAUGAAACUACAGAUUCACAUACAAAAAUGUAGUAUUUGACAUCCUUCCUAUGUCUGAAUUUGACUAAAUGAAACAGAGCAAAGCAUUUCAUGGUCAGGUAUGUGCAGAUUUACUAGUUGCAUAGCUCUCAAGUAAACGAAAUUGUGCUUCAACAAAUUGUAUUAUAUGUUGUGCUUCCAGUUUUUUUUUCAGAAAGAAAUAAUAUAUACAUUGUAUGAGAAUGAAACUAUUUUGUAACUUGGAUGUAACUGGUUGGCCAUAGACAAUAUAAUUCAAUUUUUAUUUUUUGGGGAAUAUGCUCAUGAAAGAACAUACUAGCAAUUGACAAUGAUUUAGAUACUAUUUACUGAAAGUUUUAAAGUUGAUUUUCCAUACCAAGUAAAUUGUUGCAAUUAUUUUAUGAUGAUAUUGUAUAGACUAAUGCAAUUUUUUGACUUCUAGCCUAAAAAAGACAAGUCAUUUUGGAGCCACAUGUAGAGUAAAAUGUUACCCUGAUUCCAAAGUAAUAUUUAUAUAUAUAUGUAUAUUUGUAAGUGACACCAAGUCACAUAAUAUUUCAGGGCAUUUGAAUGGUUUCAAUAUUGUGCAUCACAGUAUACUCAGUGAGCCCAGUGUACACUAAUAUAUAUGCAGCAGUAACUUCCAAUUUAAAGAAUCUGCCUGGCAACAGACUAUAACAAUAAUCCUACACUACUUACACAUUUAUAUUCUUACUACAGCAGAGAUAAAAGUUAAAGUUUCCAUACUGUAACAUCAGAGGUAUUAGUUGAGUUGUUAACUUACCUGUACAACAAAAAUUUCAGUUUUGUAUCAGUCCUGAAGCUGUAUUACCCCUCAAUACAACUAUGAAAAUUACUGUUAAUUUUCUUUAAGUUCUGUAGUAUCCAACUUGUUAACAUUUUUGUGAAUAGUGUUAAAUUGUGAGAAAUGCUUCUUCACUUAUACUUCUAGUCAUUAGCCAAAGGAUUUACACAACCAGUUACUAAGAAGCCUAAUUAAGUUGUUGUUAUCAAAUGGUUUGGUGAUUUACACCUAUUAGGCCGACUGAGCACCACAGGCAUCAGCUCAAGAUAUGUUAACAUCGGUGUCAAUGUGGUCUGAAACCUGAGGCAAAAUUACAUUUCUUUUACAGCCAUGCUAAUUAAGAAGAGCACUAUUCAUGUCAUUUUGUGUGUGUUAUUGACAUUGUAUUAGAUGCAGAAGCUGGAAGUGUAAAAUUCAAGAAACAUAGCAGUGCCUUUAACAAAAAAUAACCUACCAGGUAGUUGAUAAAUAAUUUGUUAUUAUUGUAACAUACUUAGCAAACACCAAAAUAAGAUAAUCAUGGUUUUUCACCAACAACUCGAACCAUUAAUUAACACAGAGAGGAACAUAUUUUCUGCCAUAUUUUGUCUUUCUGGUAAUGAAAACAAAGAUCUUAUUUUGUACCAGUUAGAACAUAGCAACAGAAAGUAACUAUGGAAAAACCGUUUGGUUUCUCUUGAUCAGUUAUAUAUAGAAGUUGUAAUGGAACAGUUAUAUCUCCAGCAAAUUCAGAACACAAAUUUAAAAAACUGCUAUGAAGAAUUUAAUGCUUCGUUGCUAAGUUUACCAGUUAAAAUGUAUUUUUGUAGAAAAUAUGAUUGACAGGUAAUCCUCUCAGAUGCACUUUUGUUAAUUAAUGCAGAUAUUUAGGGCUUAAAAUGAGGUAAUUUCUUGAUGCUCUAAAACUCUCUUGGCCACAUUUUCAAUGAAAUAAUUAGUGAGAACAAAUUAUUGUUAAUUAUUAUGUUUAUACCAAAAUGAGAAACCAAAUCAGUAAUAAAUGCCAUCAUCAUAUCAUUUAAGUUGUCACUACCUUAAAGCAUGUCAUAAAUCCUGUGUCAGAACUGUAAUUAAUAAA